AGUUUUGAAUUUUUUUAUUAUGCCCUGCGAAAAACCAAUGAACUCAGUCGGAACUUCGAUAGCAUGCGGUACUGACAAAUUACAAGAUUAAAGAAAAGUGCAUGGCCAGGUGCCACAUAUUACAAUUUUCCAUCAUUCAUGACCAAUAUUUGAAGUUUGCCAACAUGUCUAAGCCACUGACGAAUACCUGCUGCUUCUGCCAAUCGCUACGAAAUGGUUCCAUUAUAUCAGGUCUUUUGGCAAUCACUUUGUCCAUCAUAACGAUCGUUAUUAGUUUCACUUUACGCAUCGAUUUCAAUACCAUCGAUUUUGAUUGGCUGCCAAAGGAUACUGUUAAGAUUAUAUUAAUCAUCAAUCUAUGUAUGACAAUACUGAUAUCACUGCUCAUGAUUGUUGGCGUUGUGAUGCGUAAUCACUAUUUGAUGAUGCCAUGGGUCGUUUUGGGCAUUAUGAUAGCGAUUGGUCUACUAAUAUCGGUGAUAUAUACCGCCGUGAAGUUCUUCAUUGACGAUUACGUGCUAACUGGUAUACUGUGGCUAGUUUUCGGACUCCUCACAACAGCAAUUCUCUCCUACUGCUGGUGCGUUGUUUACAGUCAAUACGUGGUUUUGUUGCAGGAGAACGAAAGGGGGCGUUACAACAAACAAUUGUAUCGCCGUUAAGCGAACUACGAAUGCGAUUUAACGAAAUUAUAUUUUAAAUUUCUUUAACAAAGUGAAGCAGUGCAAAUUAAAUAUUCAUGCAAUGGAUGUAUGUGUGUACUUUACUUGAUAGCAUUUCUAAAAGUAGCUUAGUUUUAAGCAAAAGCACAAUAAUGUGCAUAGCUCUUCAAGUGGCAGCAACAAUAUACUCUUCGUCAUUUAUUUAUGAAACUAAUAAUAAUUUAUUUGUAAUUUUAAAUUUAAUUUUUUUCAAAAAUAAUAAAAGUUUUAUUACACUUCAUGCCAUUUAUCCACUAUCUAGCUACUCACUUUACCUGCCUGCUCCGAGCAUAUUGCACUUCAUUCUCUUUGCUCUUCAUAUGAAUUUACUGGAACUAGUGCAAAUUUUUUUUAAUUUACUCAAUUUUCAAUUUAAACAAAUAAUAUGUAUUCGUAAUGUAAAUUUAUAUAUGUAUGCCUUAAUGCGAAAUAUACCUUAAUCAACAUAAUGUUGACUGUUGUGUGAUUGUUGUAUCGAAUAAAAUUAACAAUUUUUUUGUAACCAAAUAUGUGUUUCAAGUUGUA